GUUAAGGAUAAGGAGCGGAGCAUUGCAGGGGCCCAGUAUGGGCAUUGCAUCAUCACUAUUCUAUGGCUGGGGGUUGCUCUUGGAAGAUCGACCUUACGAGCCUCCUACCAAUCUCACGGGUCAGGUUUUAGUGGGCAUCUGGCUGAUAACUUGUCUGAUACUGCGGGCUUUUUACAUGUCCUCCCUCAUAUCACGCCUGGUAGAGGGCGGUAACCCUCCAGUCAUCAAUGCAAUCGAAGAAAUGGUAGCAAGAGGUGAAACUGAUGGAUGGGAAUGGGGCACUGUCACCAUGACAGGAGUGUUCAAUACUUUCUUCAGCACCAGUUCAAAUCCGGACUUCCUUAUUGCUAAGCAGUUUAUGCAGACGAUGGGGCCGGAGGAAGGGAUGAGGAAGGUGCUAGAGGGAGAUUUCUCCUACAUCCACAACUACUACGUGAUGCGCAUCUUGCUGGCCACUCACCAGCAGGGCACGGACUCCAUCCCCGUCCACAUCAGCACCACAAAGUACCCACUCUUCCCCGGCAACACCUGGGCAUUCCGGCCCGGCUCCCCGUUCAUCACUAAAUUCAAUGAAGGCAUUCAGCGACUCCUGGAUGCGGGACUCAUUGACUUCUGGAUGGAAGACGUCAUCUUGAGCAACGUGACCAAGAGGCGCAUACAGGAGAAGGAAUCAGAUGAAAAGAUUAACUUCUCAAAUACGAACAGUUACUCCCAGGUGGUGCUGGGGCUGCUUCACUUGCAAGUCACCUUCUACCUGCUGCUCACUGGCCACACAGCAGCUGCCUCUGUCUUCCUCGUCGAGCACGCACUAGCUCGAUAAUGACCAACAAAGAAUUACGUGUAUAUUGGGACGGAUUUACGUGCAUGCGAUUUUUUUUAUUUAUUUAUUUAUUUUUUAUUUGAAUGAGUUAAGUACAAGUUAAGCUUGUUCACAUUCACUUAAGUUUAAUUAUGUAUAAGUUGCAGGUUCAAUAUUAGGGUAUGUAUUAUUUAUUUAGUUAAUUCCGGACUAUUAUAUGUCAUGGAUAAAACUGCGUGAAAAUGAACAAAAUAACGGAAAUAAUUACGGAUCAUGCUGAUUUCGUAUCGUAUAUUACAAACA